CGUCCCGGGCCGGCGCCCUCCCCCCGGGUCCCUCAGUAGCGGCGCCUUCGACGCCCCGCAGGCCCCCACCGUGCCGCCGGGUCACCCCGGGCUCCUGCUGCCCGGCGGUGGGGCUCGGAGGCUGCAGGCCCCUGGCAGCGUCCUCCCCUUCCCGGCGCGGUGCUGGGCCCCGCCGGCGGUGCCCGGGCUUGGCUGGGCGGCGGGGCUCGGGCCGCCCCAGCUGCAGGCCCCGCUGCAGGCCCCGGCCCUUGGCCCAGCGGACACCCAGCCCCUCUCUCAGUAGGGUGCCCCGUGGCAGGGUCCCGGGCCGUGCAGAAAUAGGUAGAACACUGAAAUAACUGCGGUGUCCCCGUGGGGGAGCGGGGUGCGCCGGCUGCGCCGCUCCCCGGUUCCAGCCAAGCGGUGGGCAGCGCGGCUGGGCCCGGGCACUGCUGGGGGGCUGGCACCGAGGCACUGAGCAGCCGCUUCUGUCAGUUGCAGGGCUCAGGAUGGACUUUCUGACGCUCUUCUUGAUUUACUUGUGUUUAGUUCUUGCUGCUGUUGGCCUGCUCUGCAUCUGCUCGGGAAGGAAGGAGAGUUUCCUCGCAAGAAGUGUCAAUGGUGCAAGCCAGGUAUUGUCAUUUGUAAUCCCCUCACAGCUCCAGAGUGUGACACAGAGGGUGCUUCACAGGCUCUUCCACACAAGAAGCUCUUUGUUUGUUGUCCUGCACAUACUCUUGCAAGCUGCAGUGUAUGGGGAAUACACAUGGGAAGUUUUUGUUUACUGUGAGGAGCUGCAGUUCCACCUCCUCCUCCUGCUGCUGCCCUACCUGCUGCUGGCUGGGAACGUGGGCUGUUUCAUUCUCUGCUCCCGGGCUAAUCCUGGUAUAAUAACAAAAUCGAAUCAUGCAUCAUUAGUUAAGAUUUAUCCAUACGAUGGUGUAUUAUUUCAGAAAGGCAUCGUGUGUCCUACGUGCAACAUGGAGAAGCCAGCCAGAUCAAAACAUUGCCGUUUCUGCAGUACGUGUGUACAUCGUUUUGAUCACCACUGUGUGUGGGUCAACAACUGCAUCGGCUCCUUCAAUGCGAAGUAUUUCUUCCUUUACCUCUUCACACUGACUGCCAUGGCUGCAACCAUUGCAGUCAUCACAACAGCGUUUCUCAUCCAAGUGGUGCUGCUGUCAAAUAUGAUGUAUGGGAGUUACAUUGAUGACCAAGGACAAGAGCAUGCUGUUGAGAUUCUGUUCCUCAUUCAGCACCUUUUCUUGACUUUUCCUAGGAUUGUCUUCAUGCUUGGUUUUGUUAUUCUUCUCACGCUCGUUCUGGGUGCAUACUGCUGUUUCAAUCUGUAUUUGGCCUUAACCAACCAAACUUCCAACGAAUGGCAUAAAUCCAGAAGAUACGGUUGUUCCCACCAUGUAACAUUGCAGCCUUAUGACAGAGGAGUUGUCUACAAAAACCUUUAUUCUAAAGGAAUCUGGAUGAAUUUAAAGGAGAUCUUUAAGCCUCCUACAGCGUUGGAAAGGAAGAACGCAUGAAGAUAUUAUUGUUCAUAUGUGCAUCUUUAAACUUUUUGUAAGACUUUAUUUCAGCAGUGUGCUUUGAUGCCCCAAACAACUUUUGUAAAAGAUCGCUGUAUUUCAGUUCAGUAAUUGGAAACUAUUUUUUGAUAAAGCCAAACGGUCUUCAAAGCUAGA